AUGGCGGAGGCGGCGGAGGCGGUGGUGCAGCAACUGCAGGAGAUGAAGAACGAAGCGAAUCAGCUGGGAAUGAAGAUCAACGAGCUUGACCAGGAGCGCCACGAGCACAGCUUGGUCGUGGAGACUCUCUCAAAGAUGGAGGGGGAGAGGAAGUGUUACAGGCGAGAUAUCUCAGUCUCCCUCUCCUGCCUCUUCUCAUUCUUCUUAGGAUGUAAAGGAGAACAUGGACAAGGCAAGUUCUUCACUUUCCAUCUUUCUCGUCUCAUCCUCUACGUACAGCUGCAGGCGCUCUGCGAUGAUUUGUACGCCAGGCUGCAGAAAAAGGAGAAGGAGAUGCAGGAAUUUCAAGCGAAGCACAACAUUCGACUGCGAGAUCAGCCGGAGAAGGCAGCUCCCAAGUAA